AUGUCCUACAAUGUUCGCAAGCUGAAGUACUUUGUGGAAGACUCUGAUGGGUGGCUGCGCCGGAACCAGCAGGUGGCAGAGCAGUUUGUGAUGGCUGAGGAUGAUAGGGAGACGAAGGAGAUGCUGAGUCUAUUGGCACCGCAAGCUCACUUUGCGAGCUUCUGGGGUGUAGUGCGCGGGCUGCCAGCGGCAGUGGCGCUGCAGGCGCAGGAGCGAGAGCAUCUGCGCAUCACAUGGACCUCUGGCCUGCAACCUUUGACAUCCCACACAUUUGCCCGCAACGGGUAUGUGCACGUCCUCGACAGAGAGCGCAUGCCAUUCAUUCCCGUUCUCGGGCCGUGGCUCUCUUCCUUUUUUCAGAGACCGGUGCAAGAGCUGCUGGUGGUGCGGGAAGGCCGCGUGGUGUUGCGUAGUGUGGGUUAUGUCUGGGACAUCGGCAAGCAUUAG